UAUCACUACAAUAUAUGUUUUUCAACAAUAGGGCUAAACCGGACUAAAACGAUCUGACCAUAAACCUUUAGCCCACUUGCUCAACCGGUCAACGGGCUAAAUUAGGUUCACAACCGGUCAACGAGCCAUUUGCACGAACUCCCAUUCGGGGCUGGUGGAGCUUGAACUACUUCGCCUACCCAUAUUAUAUCUUGCUCAUUGGAUUAUUCUCUGCAUUGCUGAGAAGAUUCCCUUGAGGCUUCUAGUGUCUCACAUCAAUAAGAAUUGCAAGUUGAUUUUUAAUAUGUUGAAAGUUGGCUUUCAAACCAUGAGUUGGUGCUUCUAUCUUCUCGAAAUAAUUAGGUUGUUGAGUGGAAGAACCUCCUCCUUGCUCCUUAUAUGUGGCUGGCUCCCCUAUUCGAGUGGAUUGGGCUUCUUGCUCCAUUGUUGAUCAUAAACAUAAGGGACAUUUGUUAAGGUGGUCCUUUGAUGGACCAUUGAUUGCACAUGUUUUUACCUCCAUUCUUGAGCCGUUUGAGAGUCGAUUCUCGUGUUUUAAGCCGAUUUCACGCUAGGUUGUGUGUUUAUAUCAUAUUUCAGGACUUGACGUUUACGUGAAGGCGAGGGAACGAGUUUCGGGUAAAAAGGAGGGCAUGGGAGUGAAGGGCGUUGGAAGAGGAAAAUACCCGGCCAGAAGUUAAAAUACCCGGCCGCGUAAUAUGCAAGGCGAGGCCGGGAAAAAUCAGUUUGGGACGUCUGAAGUCCAGAAGGGGUCCCGGCCAGAGAGCAAAAACACCCGAUCGGGUAUUAUGCCCUUCAUCGCUGCGCUGCGUUUCAAAAUCCCCGGCCGGGCACCUGAAAUACCCGACCGAGGAUUACGACCGGGGAUCGCGGCCUGCUGAUUCUUAAGGGAAAGAAGUCCAAUUUUGAAGGGGUUCCGAGUUUUAGAGAAAUAAAGUGAUACCUAGAGAGAGAAAGCGACGAACCAGAGUUCCCAAGCGCCUUAGAUCGAUCUCCAUCAUCUGUGGAGCCCAGAUAAUGCUUGGAGAAGUGCCGAUUGACGACCAGAAGCAGAACCCCAUCCUUCACAGCAUGUUUUCUGCUUCUGAGCUAGAUUUUGCUUCUCUCUCUAUGGAGUAACUUUCUCAUUCACCUGGGUAUGAAGAACCCUAGAUUUGUAUGUUAGGUAUGAUUGAAUGAACCCAAGUAUGAAUUCAGUUAUAUGAUUACGUUCAAUUGAGGUUUGAUUUUUUGAAUGGCAUGAAUCUUGAUCAAAUUCCUGUUAUUUUUGCUUUGACCUAGAAAGAGAUUAUCUGCCUAGGUUGAUAGAUCACCCUUGAUUGAAGGUAGUGAAUUGAAGACUUUAGUCGAGGAGUCAAUUCACUAUUAUGUACCGGAUUUACUUCGGUAGAGGAGGUUUGGUUUGUUAGGGCCUCAAUCUGUUUACUCCGGAGGAGGUUAGUCGCCCGCUGGGGACUCAGAUUGAGAGGGUCUGGAGACCUUUAGUCGAGACUGCAAACUGUUUAAGAACCUCCUGCAGUAUAACUAUCAUUGAACUUGAACUUGGUAAAUUACAACCUGGCUUAACUGCAGUCUAGGGGGAACCAUAUCCGGGUGACUUCUCUCAACUUGAACACAACUUUCACUACUUUGCUUGCUAGUUUAAUUGAACCUCCACUACACUUGAACCGCUAGAUAACAAGACUCUCACGGAGUAGUCAUCACACCUAGGACCCGGGUUGACAAUUAGAACUAAACCCGCUAUACUACGCAUUAGUAGGUGGUUACACUUGGCCACUUUCUAGUGUGACGGUAGAAGCGAGUCAUCCUUGGAUAGUCAUUUGGCUCCAUCACAACAUCUUUCAAUUGUUGUGAAAGCUCUUUCAUCUGUCAAUGUAGGAUUAUAUUCACCUCCUUGAUUCGUUGGGUCACCUUCAAUGCCUUCAUCAUCAAUCUCUUGGACCAAUUUUUUGACUUCCUUGUAGGGGUGGUCGUUCGGUUACCGGUUAUCGGUUAACCAUCCGGUUAAACCGAUAACCGUCCGGUUAUUGGUUAACCAUCCGGUUAAACCGAUAAUCGUCCGGUUAUCCACUAACCAGUAACCGAACUAACCGAACUUCGGUCGGUUAUCGGAGGCUGGACGAAAUGGUUUUUGGUCUUAAAAGUGGUUCGGUUAACCGAUAACCGAGACACCGAAGCCUAUUUCGGGCAAUUUUCAGUAGGGGGAGUGAUUAUUUCGGUUAACCGAUAACCGGCCAAUCGGUUACCAGUUAUUAUUUCGAUUAACCGAUAACCGGCCAAUCGAUUACCGGUUAUAACCAAAAUAACCGAACUGCCACCCCUACUUCCUUGCAAGUGUGGGAAAAGUGCUCAUGGCAUUAGACUCCUAUCAUCUGUAUGAAAUCACCAUCGACUGACAGGUUCAUCAUCAUUGUGUAUCUCAAUCUAGACCUUCAGCGAAGUACUUUGCCACUUGCUCUUGGGUGAAUCCAUGAUGGGGUUGUGCUUUCAGAUGCUCCUAGAAUCUCCUCCAAACGUCAUCAAACGUCUCUCCUUCUUCAGGAAUUGCAUGAUAUCUUCUUUAUGCUCCUUCACCCACCAAGGUGGGAAAACUCCUUGAUUAAUGCUUGCGACAAGAUCUCCCAAUUGGUAAAGGUGUUGGACGGAUGAUGGUCUAGACACUUCUUCUUUGCCUUUCUCGCCAGUGAGAAAGGGAACACUCUCAUUCGAAUGGCACCUUUGGUUGCUUCAUCUCCUAUAAUGAAAUAUAUGAUAUCCAAGAGGACCUUUAGAUGCUGCAUCGGAUCGUCAUAACUCCUUCUUGCGAAUCUCCUAUCUUGUUGCACCAUCUACAUCAAUGAUGUGUGGAUGUCCAUAGUUGUUGGUAGCACAACAAUGCUCAAAUUAAUAUUGGAAGCUCUUGGUCUUCAAUACUCAUAUAGAGUGGGCGGGACCAUGAUUCUUUGCUCCUCUCCCAUCAUGGCUGAUGUGGAAGAUGCUAUAGAAGAUGCUUCUUCUCCAAGAUGAAGUUCCAGUCUUCAUCACUUUCCUUCUCCAACUUGAGUUUAAUUUGAGAUGAGUGUUUCUUGAAGCAUCCUCUCCCAAGCUAUAUGCUCCUUUCGAUCUCAACAGGACGAAGAUGAAGGAUGAAGCGACAGUGGGGAAGAGAUGGGAUGGUAGGUAAGGUAAAGUAGUGGUGAUAUGAAGUUCAUCUCUUUUCAUUAUUUUUAAUUAUUUUUAAUUACAAUAAAAAUGAGACAUUUCUAGUUUGGCAAAGUCAAGACGAAAAGCUGCCACAUCAUUAAAAGACGUUAGUCCAAUCAGCAUGUAUCAUUAUAUAGGUAAAGUUAUGGACGGAUUUCGGCUCUCUCCGCCUCCGCCGCCCAACGUCGCCACCACCACCUCCGUCGAAUCCCCACCACAACCGACAACGAUAUAACAUAAACAACGUGGCGAAGACUCACAAGAGUUGGCACUGAGCAUAAUUAACAUCGAGCUAAAGGUAAUUCACGCUCCGUUGAUAGUGGAUUCGCGCUCUACCACAAAUGGAUUCACGAAUUUUGAGCGAUCCCAUUGCAAUUAGCGUUUCCACGCUCCAAAGCGAGAGCGGCCACUCAAGAGGAACAAAUUAGGUUACCUAAGGACAGAAUGACUAAUUUAGUGCAUUUUUCAAAACUUUUCUAUUACUCUCAGAAAGUAUGAAGUUACUGCUAUCCAAGUGUAUUUAGCCUUUGUAACCCAUUAGGGCUUUCGCCGGAGUUGUCGGUUAAUUCGGUCCGUCGAACCCGGCCUUCGUAGUUCGUACUGUGGUCUGUGUGUGGCUAAGAGGUAAGCUCACGCUACGCAAGGGCAACGGCAGCACGGAGCAAGCAAUAGGAAGAAGAAGAAAAAAAACAAUGGCAGUUCCAGUAGCGCCUCCCUACUUGCCCUCUCCUCUUGCCUUCCUCGCUCCUCUCAAGCUGUCUUCUUCAAUUCGGACCCUCAAAUUUCCCAGAAGCUUCUGCUUUGUCUCCCAGUCUCUUCAAUCCCCCUCGUUCUAUACCGAGGACGACCCUGCCAUCGGCGACUGUCUCGUCUUCGAAGAAGGCAUUUUCGAAGACCCGUCUCUCUAUGGCCGUGAUUCUCCCACCCCGACCAAGAUUCCGCGCAGGAAGAAGAAGCUCACUCAGGAGAUCCCGACGGAGAACUUGGUCCCGGACGAAUGGCGAGAAACACAAGCGGAAAUUAACAUUACCAAGAAGGAGAGGCGCAGAAUUGCUCAGGAGAUGCAGUUCAAUAGCCGGCUGGAGAGGAAGACCCGAGGAUUGGCCCCUGUGAGGAGCGUGAAUUUGGACGAGUACAAGGCUUUUCGCGAGUCUAAGUUGGCUCAGUUGAAGCCACUGUUUCUUGACAAUAACCCCGCGGCAUCUCCUGAAGAUGACGAGGAUUCGGACGAGGCAGAGGCAGAGUUUGAUGAUGAGGAUGAGUACGAGUAUGAGCAUGAAACGAAGAAUCCAAGUGAGCGAGUUGCGCCCCGGAACCCUAGGUGGGCGGUUUACGGGAAGGGCUUCGACGAUGUUAACGAUUUUUUCAGGAGUGGGAAGUACCAGCUCGGAGAGAAGAACCCGGGAGGCCGCCGGAAGUUGUUUACAAAGGAGGAAAAGGUUUUCCUGAACAGACGCAUCCCGGAUUUAGCAGCUGUUACCUGUGUGAAAUGGCAACCUCUUCACACGCUUGCUGCAUCUGGAGAAUUCUACCUCAUGAACACUUUGCUCAAACAUAACCUUGACAUCAAUUCCGUGGAUGCUGAGGGUGUGAGUGCGCUCCACAAGGCGAUAAUAGGCAAAAAGCAGGCCAUUACCAGCUACCUCUUGAGAGAGUCAGCAAAUCCCUUCAUUCGAGAUGCGGACGGAGGCACCUUGAUGCAUUAUGCUGUCCAGACAGCAUCCAUUCCGGCUAUCAAGCUGCUUCUCCUAUAUAAUGUUGAUAUAAACCUCCAGGACAAUGAUGGUUGGUCCCCGUUGCAUCUUGCUGUUCAAGCUCGAAGGACUGACAUUGUGAAACUCUUACUCAUCAAAGGCGCGGAUAAAACCUUAACAGACAAGGAUGGUUUAACCCCGCUGGAGCUCUGCCUUCAUCUAGGACGGGACACGAGGACUUUGGAGCUGAUCAAGCUGUUAAAGUUGUAUCCGAGGAAGUCCACUGCUUUGACUAGAAAACGCAGCCCAGGUUCAGAAACAAUCUAAGUAUCAUAGUACACAAUGCUCUGAUGCUCCCGUGAGAAACAUAGAAAAGUUUAUGCCUGAGCUCACAUGCAGCGGAACUGUUAACUUAGCUGAUGAUCUUGAGACGGGCAUUAGUCUUCUGUGACGUUGUACAUGUAAUUAGGACAUCUUGCGAUUGACCCGAAAGGAAUACGUAGAGAGAGGGGUGGGUGGGGGUGAAUGAAACAAAAACUGAAAAAUAUGAAAGCAGCCGUUUGGAAUUUGGAUGGAAUUUCAUCUACAGCGGCACAAUCACUAGCUUUAUCAUAUUUCGGCUAAAUUGCUCGUUUGGGAAUGAAUCCAAAAUGAAGGGAAUGAGGGGCUUUGAAUUCACUGGACUUUGAAAACCCAUAAAUGCAGGAUUCAAAAUAAUAGCAUGUAGAAGAUAUCUGGGUUGAGUAUGGACCCGAUAGCUAAUAGGAGGGCAAUGGCAAGGAAGUGGAAAACACUUUAUUGUCCUAAGAUUUUGAGGAAAUUGGAUGUUAAUGUCGAAGAGAGUGGAUUCUGCCAUAUAAGGUCAAAUGGAAAGGGAGAAAGGUUUGCAGUUUAAGUGGUAGCUAGAAAAGUGCUCUUGUAGAGUUUGGCAGUUGUCUGGGAUUCCUUAUCAUCGUGCCAUUGUCUGUAUUAUCGUAGAGAGAAAAGAUCCUCAAAGUAGAGGUGUCAAUUAGGCGGGUUGGGUCGGGUUCGGAUUGGGUCUAACUGGGUUGGGUUAAAUCGGGCUGCGAAUUCAAUCGGGUCGGUUUAAAUUUGGAUCGGGUUUAAUUGGGUUGGAGGUCAAUUGGAUUACGAGUCAAUCAGGUCAUUGGUCAAUUGGGUUACGGAUCGUGUCGGGUUACGGUUGCAUCAAAUUACAGGUUUAUUGGAUUAUGGGUUAGUUCGGGUUCGGUCAGGUCGGAUCAUGGGUUAUUCGGGUCAACCCAUUGGAUCAUUUACUUCUUGAUAGAAAAUAAUGUUUUACAAACUAUUAAUAUAUGAAUAUAAAUUGUAGGUAAUGAU